AUGGGCAAUGUUUUGGCUUACUCCGCCCCCGAACAGCAAAAAUACAAGUGGCCGAGUGUGAUUGGCUUUAAUUUAAUAAUCUUUGGCAUUUACGGUUAUACUUUAUAUCAGCAAAAGCAAGAACAAGCCAAAAUAGAAAACUUUUACCAACAAAAAACCCAAGAGAUUUGUGAAGAAAGCAAUAUUACCAAAGAAGAGUGGAAAACUAUUACCAGCUCAGCACCAAAAACUGGUUUCGGAGGUUAUGUGGAUGAAUACAGUAUUUUCUCUACUGCGGGAACAGAAAUUAGGGUGGAACAAAUAGCCAAUUUAAAGCAAACCAUCCAAACUAAGGAAGCAACCGAAAAAAAGGAAGCAAAAAUUAAACAGCAAGCCGCAGUCUUAGCCCAAGCAACUGAAAUCGAAGCCAAAUUAAAAGAAGCCCAAUCUAAUUUAGGCACUUCCGGCAUGACUUGGGGGAAAAUUAAACAAAGAUAUCCCGAGUUUGCCAGUAAAUCACGACUUUUAGCCGAGUUUGAAAAGGCUGACCGAAUACUAACCGAAGGAGAAAGGGAAGAAAAUAAAUCCUUAACUACUAAAUUAGAAAGAAUAGCCGUUCCUUCGACCGAAGAACAGAAAUUAUUGACCCAAUUAUAUCUAACUACUGAGCAAUUUAUUGUGAUAUCACAGCAAACCCCCUAUUUAACUAGGGAAGAGAAGGAAGCCAUAAACGAUAAUUAUCUAACUCUUAACUCUGCCCAAAAAUUCCAAUUACUUAAUUCGGGACUUAAUAAUUUAGGAAUUAACACGGAGGAAAAGAAACAAGCCUUUGUUAAUCUCAAUCACACUCUUUAUCAAGAAAAAGCCAACUUCGGCUUAACUGUUCCGGAAAAAGAAAAUAUUUUACGAUUUUUAAUGAAGACCUUAGAUUUAACCACUGAACAAAAAUCAGCCUUGGAAGACAUGGGAAUUAAACCUUAUAAUGCUAGUGAAUGGCAAGUCAGUGCCGAACAAAGCAAUCACUUAUUAAAGUUUGGUUUAGAGAAAGUUAAUUUAACCGAGGAACAAAAGCAAGAAUUAGCCACAGUUCACCCUGAUACUUUUCCAACUUUCCCUUUUACUGACCAACAAAAAAACAUUUUAAAAAGUUUAGCCCCAUUAACCCGAAAAGAUAAGUAUUCAGCCCCAACACUAGAAUUAUUAAACUCCUUAUCUUUAAAAACUAAUAAUCUAAUCUUUUUCACUAAUGCGGAAAUAUUACCUAAUCCUAACCUAGACUUUGGCGAAAACCCCGACCCUUAUUUACCUUUAAAAACUAAAUUUCUCAGUGGAGAACAGAAAAUAUUAAGGAAAACAGCUGAACAGAAAGAAAAGCAAAUUUCUCAACAAGAACUCCAAGAUAACAAGCAAUCUAUCUUAAAUUCUUUAUUAGACUUUGCCGAAACCUGA